UGGACUGGGAGAAGAAGCUCCAGAGGUGACAAGACGAAGUUAGUGGGACAGAAGCAGCUCAUCUCGAAAUGUACAGUCGCGCCAGCACAGCCGCAGGCCGCUGAACGAUGUCUAACUGUAGACGUCUCUCCCAGAAUGCAAUCCCAUUAUCCCACCAUCUGUUUCACUUUCACUCUUGAAUUACUUUGUACAAGCUCGGAUAAUACUGCGUGCUGAAGAAUACACGCGGAGAGGAUUUCCUGCCUGUCACCAUGCUGGCUGUACCUGUCCUGCUGCUGCUGCUCGGCCCCUUUCCUCUCUCAUCAGCAGCACAGCUACCAAACCCGGGCCAAGCCGAGGAAGCCCUCUUGGCCACCAACGGGCAGCCGUUCCCCUGGGACAGCAUGAGACUUCCCAAAACCGUCUCCCCCUCCCACUAUGACCUGAGCCUCCACCCCAACCUGACCACUCUCGACUUCACGGGGGUUGUUCGCAUCCAGCUGGAUGUGCACGAAGACACCAGCGCCAUCGUCCUCCACGCCAAGCAGAUGCAGGUGUCCAAAGUGUGGCUCCUCGCACCCGAAGGUGCGAGGCCUCUCCGGGUGUUGGAGUACCCUCGUUUCCAUCAGCUCGCCCUGCUGUCGAACUCGGUGCUGACCAAAGGUAGGAGGUAUGAAGUCCAGCUGGAGUUUGCUGCCAACCUCUCUGACAGCUUCCAUGGCUUCUACAAGAGCAGCUACCACAGCAGCCGUGGGGAAGUCCGGGUUCUGGCAUCCACGCAGUUUGAAGCCACCUUUGCACGUGCGGCCUUCCCCUGUUUUGAUGAGCCCGCCUUCAAAGCCAACUUCACCAUACAGAUUAUACGAGAGCCACGCCACAUAGCCAUAUCCAACAUGCCCACGGUAAAAACGGUGGCGUUGCCGGGCGGUUUGCUUGAGGAUCACUUCGACACCACCGUAAAGAUGAGUACGUACCUGGUGGCCUACAUUGUGUCUGACUUCCUGUCCGUGAGCAAGACCACCCAGCACGGCGUCAAGAUCUCCGUCUACGCUGUAGCCGAGAAGAUUGACCAGACGGCCUUUGCGCUGGAUGCUGCUGUCAAGCUGCUGGACUUCUACGAUGACUAUUUUGAUAUUCCCUACCCACUUCCCAAACAGGACCUGGCUGCGAUCCCUGACUUCCAGUCGGGUGCGAUGGAGAACUGGGGGCUGACCACCUACAGAGAGACGGCCCUCCUCUUCGACCCCGACAAGUCCUCCGCUUCAGACAAGCUGGGGAUCACCAAGGUCAUCGCCCAUGAGCUCGCACACCAGUGGUUCGGUAACCUGGUGACGAUGGAGUGGUGGAACGACCUGUGGCUCAAUGAGGGCUUCGCCAAGUUCAUGGAGUAUAUUUCCCUCGACAUCACCUACCCAGAGCUGCAAGUGGCUGACUUCUUCUUGGAGAAAUGUUUUGCUGCCAUGGAGGUCGACUCCCUCAGCUCCUCCCACCCGGUCUCCACCGAUGUGGAGAACCCCACUCAGAUCCAGGAGAUGUUCGACAGCGUUUCAUAUGACAAGGGGGCGUGUAUUCUGAAUAUGCUGCGGGACUUCCUGACUCCCAAAGCUUUUGAGAUCGGCAUCAUCCGAUACCUCAAACGCUACAGCUACCAAAACACAGUCAGCAGCCACCUGUGGGAGAGCCUGACUGAUAAAUGGUACUCCGGUGAUGAGCUGGAUGUCCGGGCCAUCAUGGACACCUGGACGCUGCAGGAGGGCUUCCCUCUGGUCACGGUGGAGAUCAGAGGCCGGGAGGUCAGGCUCAGUCAGGAGCGCUACCUGAAGACAGACGACCACUCCCUCACCGAAGGGUUCCUGUGGCAGAUCCCACUGACCUACAUGACCAGCGCCUCUAAAACCACCCACCGCUUCCUGCUGAAGACAAAGACCGAUGUCCUGCACCUGCCGGAGGAGGCGGACUGGGUGAAGUUCAACGUGGACAUGAGCGGCUACUACAUGGUGCACUACGCAGGUGACGGCUGGAACUCCCUCAUCCACCUGCUGCAGCACAACCACACCGCCCUGAGCAGCAACGACCGCGCCAGCCUCAUCCACGAUGUCUUCCAGCUGGUUAGCACGGGGAAGGUGAGGCUGGACACGGCUCUGGAGCUGUCUCUGUACCUGUCCAGGGAGACUGAGAUCAUGGCCGUGACUCAGGGCUUCGGGGAGCUCGUACCGCUCUACAAACUGAUGGAGAAGAGAGACAUGGCUGCUCUGGAGACCCAGAUGAAGGACUACAUUGUUGGUCUGUUCCGGGUCUUGAUUGAUCGCCAGGAGUGGACUGACUCAGGAUCAGUGUCUGAGCGAGUGCUGAGGGGCUACCUGCUGCUGUUCAGCUGCGUCAGGAACUACGCUCCCUGUGUGGCGAAGGCCUCCCGACUCUUUCACAGCUGGAGGGACUCUGACGGCAGCGUGAGCCUCCCCGUUGACAUCACCAUGGCUGUGUUUGUGAUUGGAGCUCGAACACCAGAGGGGUGGGACUUCCUGUUCGAGCAGUACCGCCGCUCGCUGCAAAUGUCUGUAAAGAGCCGCAUGAAGUCGGCGAUGAGCGUCAGCCCGCUGCAGGACAAGCUCAGGUGGAUGAUGGAGCAGAGCCUCCACGGCGAGCUGAUGAAGACUCAGGACCUCCCCGGUGUGGUCAUCUUGGUCAGCAAGAACCCCCGGGGCUACAAACUGGCCUGGGACUUCCUCCGAGCCAACUGGCCCACUCUGAUCAAGAAAUUUGACUUGGGCUCGAGCACCAUAUCCCACCUGGUGACGGAAGUGACCAACCAGUAUUCUACCAGGGAGAUGUUAGAUGAGGUGAGAAGCUUCUUCGGCUCUCUGACGGAGGAGUCGGGCUCAGAGAUGAGAUGUAUCCGGCAGACCUACGAGACCAUCGAGGAGAACAUCCGCUGGAUGGACACCAACCGUCCUCUGCUGCAGGCCUGGCUGGACAAGCGCAGUCGCAGAGCCGCCACUCGUGAAGAUUUAUAACUCCGGGUUGGACAAUCAUGUUGUUGAAGGCAGAAAUUACAAGAGGUGGGGAUGCAACUCACGAGAUCUGGACUCAAAUUGAAUGACAAGUUUGGACAAAAUUCACCGAUUUUAACACCAGUGACUCCUGCCUGUAAAGAUGAAAAAACAAAUCCUUUGGAUGCUGAGUUAUCUAAGUACAUAUUAUUCAUAAUCACAAUGACCUGGCAUGGGACGUAAUGUCAACAUUUAGGACUUGUGACGCCUCUACACGACAACUUAAAAAUGUUGCCCCUCAGGUUCAAAGAGAGUUAUUGCAGAUUUCCUGAAAGAAACCCAAUAUUGUUAAGGUGUUGGUGGGGAUAAAAGCUCAAUGAAAUGCGCUACGCAAUAGUCAUGACAACGAAACAUUUGUGUUCAGAGUUUUCUGUGUGUUUGCUUGUUUGUUUAUGUUUUAGUUAAGUGUUUCCUGUGCAAAGUCUCUGUUUAAGUGAAUUUCCAUUCCUGCUGUAUUAUCACUGCAGAAAGUGUUCUGCACAUUUUUUUCCUCAAAUAUUUAAGGACCAGACCACUCCCUUUUAAAACACUGCUGUAGAAUCAGAUCAAGUAGAUAUGAAAAUGAAAAUUAAUUCAACCGAUGCCACUGGACCUUAUAUGUCGCAUUUUUUAUUUUUUUGAAAUUCUCAAAUAAACGAUAAAAGACGGCGCUCGAUAAGGAUUGUGUUGCAAAAAAAGCUAUUUAUUAAUUCAACACAUGUCAUGCCUUAUUUUGAUAAGACUGUGAAAUAUGAGAAAUAAACGUGUUAAAUUAAAUAUUGGACAGAUAUUGUUUUCUUUUUGGUGUAUUUAUAUUAUUGGUAAUACUUGCAUAUUAAACCCUGGGAGGUGCGUGUCA